AUGCCGCCCACCCCCACCACCCCGGCAGCUACCGGCGCCGCCGCCACCGCCGCGGUGACGCCGGAGCAUGCACGGCCACGUAGAAUGGUCCGCUUCAACCCGCGGAGCGACCGCUUCCACACGCUCGCCUUCCACCACGUCGAGUUCUGGUGCGCGGACGCCGCCUCCGCCGCCGGCCGCUUCGCCUUCGCGCUCGGCGCGCCGCUCGCCGCCAGGUCCGACCUCUCCACGGGGAACUCCGUGCACGCCUCCCAGCUGCUCCGCUCGGGCAACCUCGCCUUCCUCUUCACCGCGCCCUACGCGAACGGCUGCGACGCCGCCACCGCCUCCCUGCCCUCCUUCUCCGCCGACGCCGCGCGCCGGUUCUCCGCGGACCACGGGCUCGCAGUGCGCUCCAUAGCACUGCGCGUCGCAGACGCCGCCGAGGCCUUCCGCGCCAGCGUCGACGGAGGCGCGCGCCCGGCCUUCAGCCCCGUGGACCUCGGCCGCGGCUUCGGCUUCGCGGAGGUCGAGCUCUACGGCGACGUCGUGCUCCGCUUCGUCAGUCACCCGGAUGACACGGACGUGCCCUUCUUGCCGGGGUUCGAGGGCGUGAGCAACCCGGAUGCCGUGGACUACGGCCUGACGCGGUUCGACCACGUCGUCGGCAACGUCCCGGAGCUUGCCCCCGCCGCCGCAUACGUCGCCGGGUUCACGGGGUUCCACGAGUUCGCCGAGUUCACGACGGAGGACGUGGGCACGGCCGAGAGCGGGCUCAACUCGAUGGUGCUCGCCAACAACUCCGAGGGCGUGCUGCUGCCGCUCAACGAGCCGGUGCACGGCACCAAGCGCCGGAGCCAGAUACAGACGUUCCUGGAACACCACGGUGGCCCGGGCGUGCAGCACAUCGCGGUGGCCAGCAGCGACGUGCUCAGGACGCUCAGGGAGAUGCGUGCGCGCUCCGCCAUGGGCGGCUUCGACUUCCUGCCACCCCCGCUGCCGAAGUACUAUGAAGGCGUGCGGCGCAUCGCGGGGGAUGUGCUCUCGGAGGCGCAGAUCAAGGAAUGCCAGGAGCUGGGGGUGCUCGUCGACAGGGACGACCAAGGGGUGUUGCUCCAAAUCUUCACCAAGCCAGUGGGGGACAGGCCAACGCUGUUCCUGGAGAUGAUCCAAAGGAUCGGGUGCAUGGAGAAGGACGAGAGAGGGGAAGAGUACCAGAAGGGUGGCUGCGGCGGGUUUGGCAAAGGCAACUUCUCCGAGCUGUUCAAGUCCAUUGAGGAUUAUGAGAAGUCCCUUGAAGCCAAGCAAUCUGCUGCAGUUCAGGGAUCAUAG